AAAUAUUUGAAAUAAGCUAUGAGAACAUAUAACGAUACCAAUUAACGUCGUCCCUUAGAUGCCAAUUUCGAUUUGAAAUCAUAUCGUUCUCAUGUGAAAGACAGAUUGAAUUUGAGUUUGAAUAAUGAUUUGAAUCAAUCAGUCUUCAAUUCUGUGAAGUAAGAACCAUCUCUAUUGAUAGAAAGGACAAUCGUUAAGGAAUACCAUCUUUUGACAAUUUGCAAGCAAGAAUUCGAGAUUUGUCUUAGUCUCGUUUGACAACUUUAAAUUAUAAUUCUAACGAUGAUUUUACUCCUCAAAAGAAUCUUUACUCUCCACAUAGAGCUUAUGGAAUGAAAUAAAUGUAAUCAAUAUCAAUCAUAUAUCUUAAGUAUUUCAAACAAUUUAGGCUAGAAUUUAAUGAGCAUUUCAAAUGAAAAGCAAUCUCAAAAUUCGAAAUCUCAAUCCUCGCAAAAAAAGAUAUUUUAAAGACCAAGUGAUACUCUAUAGUUGCCAUUAAAAGGCUCAUAGAGAAAACAAGGAAGACUUUUGUCUGAUGCAGUAUAAUUAAAUGAAAUAGUGGCAUUGCGAAAUAAGAUUGAGUCAUCAGUAGUUAGUAGAUCAUCAUUGACUUCGACGUAUACAAUUAUAUAUCAAUAAUCUAGUUAUAUAAGUGAGUUAGUGAAAUUGGCUUAAGCUAUCACCACAUCUCUAAAACAAGAAUGAGUGAUAUGAAUUUCAUAUGGACUCUCUUCAU